AAUGAAACAAAGAGAAACAGAAAAGAGUCUGUUUCUGUGAAAGAGGAAACGACUGCGGGCUAGAGGCGGGAGCAACUCCACACGGCUCUGUUUUUUCGCGAAGCAGUAUAUUCUUCUUGUUUGAAAUCAGCUGCCUUCAGGUGGGGGCCAGCAGGAAAGACCUGAACUGACCCGCCGCGUUCCCACUCUGAAGUGAGCUAGCUAGCUAGCUGGUGGAUCUUUCAUUUCAUCUCUGAUGCCCUCCAUGCCUUUGAGAAACUUGCAUCCAUGACUGAUGGGAGGAUGAAAGGAUAUUUGGACCAACAAGUGCCUUACACUUCUGCACAGAAACCAACAGGGAAUGGAACUAUGCACAGCAGAGCUGUGAUGGCUUCACGGAGGAAAUCCAUGGACCCAGGUGUGCCCCAUGUCCCAGAUUCAGAAGACCUCUUCCUUGAUCUAAACCAGUUCCAGGAAACUUGGCUGACUGAAGCACAGGUUCCGGACAGUGACGAGCAAUUUGUGCCUGACUUCCAUUCAGAGAACUUGGCCCUUCACAGUCCUCCAGCUAAGAUAAAAAAGGAACCACAAAGCCCAUGUGUGGAUGCUUCCAGUUCCUGCAGACACACACAGUCUUUUCAUUACCAACCCAGGGAGCAAUGCUUAUAUGCCAGGCAAGAUUCAAACAAUGUGAGCCACCACGGCCCACUCCAGACAGCGCCUGGCCAGGCAUACUGUAUGGAACACAGUUCCUUGUACCAGCUGCAUGCUGAGACCAGCCAGUCCUUCUCUGCCUCUCAAGCCUUGAUAUCAGACAGCUCUUCCAUUUAUCAACGUCCAUGGUCUGCCCCAUGUCUGCCGUAUCCCCCGCAGGGCUUCAAGCAGGAAUUCCAUGACCCCAUGUAUGAGCAAGUGAACACACUGGGAGAUGUAGGCAGUUCCCAGUAUUCAACUGGCGUGGUGAUAAAACAGGAGCGGAUGGACUAUGCUUUUGACACAGAUGUGGCAAGUUGCCAUUCAAUGUAUAUGAAUGCAGAAGGAUUACCAAGUUGUUCCAGUUCUGAAGGCAUAUUAGGCUAUGGUUAUGAGAGGCAAAUGCGACCAUUUGCAGAAGAUGUUUGUGUUGUUCCUGAGAGGUUUGAAGGGGAUAUUAAGCAAGAAGGAUAUCGUGAGGGCCCACCUUAUCAACGGCGUGGGUCUCUGCAGCUUUGGCAGUUCCUGGUAGCUUUGCUGGAUGAUCCAAACAAUUCCCAUUUUAUUGCCUGGACAGGUCGAGGAAUGGAAUUCAAACUCAUUGAACCAGAAGAGGUGGCACGACUUUGGGGCAUUCAGAAGAAUCGUCCAGCUAUGAAUUAUGACAAGUUGAGUCGCUCCCUUCGUUACUAUUAUGAAAAAGGCAUUAUGCAAAAGGUGGCUGGUGAGCGUUACGUGUACAAGUUUGUCUGUGAGCCUGAAGUGCUGUUCUCCCUUGCUUUUCCUGACAAUCAGCGUCCAUCUCUGAAAGCUGAAUUGGAGUGGCAUAUCAGCGAAGAAGACACAGUCCCUUUGUCACACUUGGAUGAAAAUGCUGCUUACCUUCCAGAUCUGGGAGGUGCCCAGCUUUAUGGGAAAAGCUGCACAUACUAGCCAACAGUAGAAUGGACAAAUCACGUCUGGGAGAGUUGUGUGUGUGUGUAUCUGUAUAUAUUUAUACAUAAAUAUAUAUAUAUAUAUAUAUAUAUAAAAGAUAUUUCUCAAGGUUUGAGAGUUCAAUCCUAGAUAGCGGCAGAUACCAUAUUUUUCGGAGUAUAAGGUGCACUUUUCCCCCCUAAAAUAGGGUGGAAAUGUUGGUGCGUCUUAUACAUCGAAUACAGCCAUUUUUGGCCUCCUGAAGUCCCGCCCCGCUCAUCCCAUUUUUGUGAAAAAUGGGCCCAUUUUUUUGCAAAAACGGGAUGCGCAGAAGGUUUGGGAGGCCUGCAGAGUGUUCCUGGGGGCUGGGGAGGGCAAAAACGUGCCAGUUUUUCGCAAAAACUGUGUUUUUGCCCUCCCCCAACCCCCAUUUGCAGGCCUCCCAAACCCUCUGCGCACCCCAUUUUCCAAAAAAAAUGGCAAAAAAUCAGGUACAGAGAGGGUUUGGGAGGUCUGCAGAGUGCUCCUGGGGGCCGGGGAGGGAAAAAACUUUUUUUUUCUUACUUACCUCUUCAAAAUCUUGGUGCGUCUUAUACACCGGUACGUCUUAUAGUCCAAAAAAUACGUUAUUUCUCUCCUAGGGUGUAAAGAAAAAAUAUCUGCUGUGAACUCUGCAUGGCAUCAAGAAGGGCAUCCGGCCAGUAAAUGCUCAGCUCCAUCCAGUUGCCCUGACUCUAUCCCGAAUUAAGGGAUUACAGGGUCGAUAAAAGGGAGAUUUUCCCUCUUAGUACAUAGAAUGGGGCCUUGAAAGAAAAGCAGCGGGGUCUGCCACUUUGAGAGCAAAGUUGGGAUUUGGGUUCAAAUCCUGCCUUAGUCAUAGACUCCUUGAAUGAAUGUGAGGCAAUUCUCAAGGAGGGGCAACCUACCUCACAGGGAUGUUGUGAGGACAAAUAAGAUAAAGAUUGUAAAAUGCUUUGUA